GCCGCGUACCUACGACAAAACACCAUCACCGGCAAAAGCGCGACGACACACCCCAAGAUACCCUCGACCCAUGGAUCGACCGCAGAGCCUGGUGCGCAAUUGAUUUGACACGGUAUCGCGCGCAGUGCUGAGCACAGCAGCGAGACCGAAGGCAAAAGGGGUGUUGACCCCCCUCCCCUUUUGAGAAAAAAAAAAAAGAGAGGGAGAGGGAGAAAAAACUUACCGAGAGCAACACACUCAGACAACCGAGAGAGAAGAAUGUCUACCAACAACAAGUCCGUGCGAUCGCGCUUCUCCAGCCCGCUGCACCUCGCGAGCUCUCCCUCCAGCCAUAAUCGAGGUCUUGUUGGCGAAGGUCAAAGGUCAAUCAUGCAGCGCUGGCUCGAGCCGCCGGUACAGAACAAAGCGAGCUUCCAAGAGGCUGGGCUCGUCAGGGGCGGAGUGGUGGAAAACAUGGCUCCUCUGGGUACCUUGCCGAAGGCUGCGGCCCAUAAGAGGUCUCCAGCCAACGGAGAGGUCGUGCCAGCUCCUGCGCCAGUGAAGACCCGUAUCGUGCUGAAGAAGCCGUACGCGGUUACGCCGGUCGAGACUACGCCACGCGCGAGGGAGCAGUCGCAUGACGAGGGUGUCGAAGCGGCUGUCUCGCCCUCGUCACCGCCUCCGCAGCCGGUGCAGCCUGUCUCGAGGGUGGACGACGGCGAGGACGAGGAUUAUGUGCCGCAGAAAACAAAGGCGCGACCGUCCUCCUCCUACAUCCACAUCACCUCCGCCGGCGCCAAUACCCGACGCCACUCUGCCCGGCGACGAAGUGCACGGCCUAGCCCUACCCCCGUCGACACCUCUCCCACCCAUACCGCCACUGCUGCCGCUGCUACUGCUACUCCUGCUGCCGCUGGUGCCGCUCACCCAACGCUCGCCCUCCAUACCACCCGCACCCGUCGUCAUUCCGCAUCGCCUUCUUCACCACCACCGCCGCCAUCAUCAUUUUCAUCCUCGCAACCGCAAUUCCGUCCGCCUCACCCCACCCUCUCCCACGACCCCGACAAAGACUUCGCAGACAAGGUCGUCGAGGCAGCCGUGGACGAGGCUCUCCGCCAUUACCGUUACCCCACUGCCUACGCCCUUCGUUUGCUCUACGACGAAUACGGGUCGGAUUCUCACUUUGUGUCCAUGCUCGAGGACGUCUACUACCAGCGGGCAGACAUAACCACCCUCAAAGAGUUCAACAGACUCCUUUCCGAUAAGAAGAAAGACGGCAAGAAGGACAACAAAGGCUGCUACUACUUCGUGCCCCCCACGACGGCCGGCCGCUUCGCACCGCAUACGCCGAAGCCCGCGCCCUACGGGGACCUGAUCAAGACGGAGAUGGACGCUGGCAUUCGCGAGCAUUUCCGGGACAUCGACCCGGUGGACGCUCACGUGAGCAAGAAGGUCAAGCUCGACCUCGAGACUCACAACGGCGGCGGGGGCAGUCCGGCCAAGGCAAAUGGCCUCAGCGGACGCAACAGGAGUCCGUCAGGCAGGUUAGCUCACAAGUCGCCGCACAAAUCACCUCACAAGUCGCCACAUCACAAGUCAUCGCACAAGUCACCGCACAAGUCACCGCACAAGUCGCCGUACAAAUCGCCUCGGGGAAGGAAGACGCGCUCGGGAUCUCUGAGCAGCAGCUCGUCGCUCUCGUCGGUGCCUGAUGAUGUACCGGAUGACUAUGAGGAGUACAUGGAUCAGGUGGAUGAUGACCUGGGUGUCGCGCGUCCCAUCGCUGCCGAGCCAAAUAAUGCGCAAAUCCCGGCAGGCCCAGACCAGCCAAUCAGCGGCCAGCAGAAGAAACCCGCCGCCAAAAAGAAGGGCGGCGCGCCCAAGCAUUCUCUCCCGCAACACCCAUCCCGUCACCCCUCCCGCGACUCGAGCAUGCCCGCUGCUGUCGUCGCGAACGGCGCCUCCCAUCCUCACCAUCCCCGGCACCCGCCCGCCGGCGCCUUCAAGUUCCCCAGCAAAUUCGGCGACCUUGACGAAUCCCACCAGCUGUCCCAACAAAAGCUGACCAAGAAGCUCGAGACGAGCAAAGCCACCAAGGGCCUCGUCGAAGAGAGCUUCAUCCGCGGGUCGGUCCUGUCAUUCGACGACGAGGACGCAGCCUCAGUGCCGCCUGCACCGCCCCCGCCCGCGGCGGAGCGGAAUCGCUCGUCUCGGACGCCGAUCCUGAGCUCGCGAGCGGCCAGGGCGGCCAAACGAAACCAUGAGGAUCUGGACGACCCCAUCUCUCCUACCGUGUCGUCGUCAUUCAAGGCCGACCUCGAGACGUCCUCUGCACGCAACUCGCGUGCCGCGACGCCAUCGAACCCACGAUCGAACAAGAAGGCCCGGACGGGACUACGCGUAAAGACAUCGCCCAUGAAAAAGAAGGGCACCUCUGCGGGAAUUCCUCGUAGUAGUGGUGACCGACCAAGCCCUGUGGGCAAUGGAGGAGUACCAACCAGCCAGGACGACAAUGACGACUCCUGCUACGCCUGUGGCGGCAACGGUGAUCUUGUCUGCUGCGAUGGAUGCACGUAUUCCUUCCAUUUCCUUUGCAUAGACCCGCCAAUGGACCCGGGCCACAUGCCCGAUGAGUGGUAUUGUAACGAGUGCAAGCACCGCUAUUCUCCGCCCUUUACCGAGCACCAGGGCGUGUUCCGUUCGCUGUUGACUGCCUCGGAGAGGAAGAAUACUCGCUCUUUUCGCCUUCCCGAGGAUGUGAGAGACCUAUUUGAAGGCGUCAGGACCGGGCCCGAGGGCGAAUACGAAGAUAUAGCGCCCCCGAAGCCGAAGGGCAACAAGAAAGGGCCCGAAGAGCCCUUUGACUUUUUCCGUGUCAGAAAUGCCGACGGCCCCGUCUUGUGCCAUCACUGUCAGAAGGCAACCUCGGACAAUCGUCCCAUCAUCCCCUGCUCAGUAUGCGGCCUUAACUGGCACCUCGAGUGCCUAGACCCUCCGCUCGCGGUCCCGCCCGUGCCGCGAACCUGGCGCUGUCCCUGCCACGUCGAGGAGAUGUUGAGCGAGCUUCCCGCGCGACUGGCACCCGCUCAUCGAUACCGCCAGAUCAAGAAUGCUCCGGUCAUCGAACAAGGCUACAGUAGAGGGAUGGCGAACAAUGGGUGGAUAGAAAUCGACAACGACGAUAGCGAAGACGACGCGGACGCUUGGCGACGGCAUAGAGGCUUCGGCCGCAUUCACCGACUGUCUGAGAAGGGCAUCAAGUCUGACUUCAUCUCUCGUGUGCGCCAAAACCGCAAGGGCAGGGCGGCCAGUCGUGCCCCGAUUAGCGACACAUCCGCGAGGCCCGCUCCGGCGACACCAUCUAGGAUUCGCAGCUUAGAUGAACAGCAGGCGGCUCUCAACCUCGCGCAGCUAGCCCGAGGCGAAGGCGAAGGUGCCGGUACAUUAAUUCAAGCGCUGGUGUCCCAAGCCAGCCCUUCCGUGAUUUCUAUGAUGGCGGCAGCGGAUUCUCGUCGCCUCGCUGCAGGCCAUCUGUCCUCCGUCGAUCUGACAUCCCUCGAAGUCAUACUUACUCACGCCGAGUCCCUCACGGCAAGCAUCCGCAAGAUCCUCGAAGGACGUCGAAGUCAGCCGACGCCCGAGAGUACUGCUGCAGACAAUACGGUGCCCGGAGAGACGAAGGCAAAAGCUCCCUCAGCAGGUGACUGCCCCAAGGUUGAUAACACGACCAUUUCCGAAGACGGCCAGCGAGCCCUCGUUGCGCGAGACGACGCCCCCGAUUCCGAAGUCGCUCAGGAGAAGCUUCCGGUCGACGAUUCUGCCAUGCACAGCGACUGAGACGUGAGCAUAUCCUCUAUACGGGCGCGACACUCUCCGCCGCCCCCCUCUUAUUAAUGAUCGGUUUCUUUUUCCAUUUCCCUUCUCCACCUCUCUCGUACCGACCCCUCUACUAGUCUGCCCCGACGCGGCGGCAACAGAAAUUUGUCGACUAUUAUUUCCGACCCACGGUUCCCCCAAC